AGACAGGGAGCGGCAGAUCUGAGGGAGCCCGGUCGUGCAGCGAUGCUGGGGAGCCGGACAGCUGGACGUGUCGGUGAUGGGGAGGCGGCUGCCGGGGCCCCGGGGCCGGAGGGGCCGGAGGGCCCCCAGGGGCCCCAGCAGGGCCCGCAGGGGCCGCAGCAGGCGUCUGCCGGCCCCGCAGGACUCCGCCCGUCCCGCCUGCUCAGCUGGAAGCAGAGUCCGUGCAGGACUUCAGCCCUGUUCGCUGCAGCCAACGCGGGGCUCGGGUUUGUGGCCUUCAGCUCGUUCCGAGCCUACAGCCUCCUGGCAAUCCUGCUGGCUCUGCUGGUCGUCAUGGCAACUGCCGGAGACCUGGUUCGGUCCAGAUCCACCGCUUCUCACUUGUGGCGCAGCAUGACAGCAAGCUGGGAGAUCAUUGAUUCGGGUCAGGACAGCCCGCCCGGGGUUGGACCUCAGCUCAGCCACUCGCUCAAGCUCUUCCUCCAGGAGACGUCGGCUUUCAAGCAGCAAAACCCAGGAAAGUUUUGCCUCCUGGUCUGCAGUUUGUGCACCUUCCUGGCCGUCCUAGGACGCUACAUUCCAGGGAUUGUUAUCUCAUAUUUUCUCGUGCUGGGUGUCUUCCUGUGGCCUCUGAUUUCAUCUCAUGAUGUUGCUUCUUGGCUGGAGCCAGUUCUGCAGAAACUGGACUUUGGCCUCGGGGCAUUUUUUCAGAGAAUCAAAGAGAACCACGAGAAGAGACUCAUUCAGGCUCAGACGGAGAAAGACGGCAUUGAGUCGGACCUCUCCUCCAUGUUUCCCAAGCUGGACUCCACGGCGUGUAAAGAAAUGAGCGUGUCGGACACAGAGGUGUCGGACGUCACGUGGACGGAUAACGGUACCUUCAACUUGUCAGAGGGACACACACCACAGACGGAAAACUCAGAAGACCUCGACAAGGAAGAAGUGUUUAGUGGUGGCCUGACAGAAUUCCCUUCCCUGGAUAACGGCGCGAUGACCAACGGCGACGACGACGACGACCUCAGCCUCGGCCUCCCCUCGGCUCCGCCCCAGCCCCGGCAGCCAAUCAGAUCGCAGCACACGUCCUCGUACCCUCACACGGACCAGGCGGCGAGCAGCGCGCUGGAGCUGGUCAACCAGAUGGCGGGCGACGUCAUCACCGCUGCCGUCACGGCCGCCAUCCAGGAGAGGAUAGAAGCAGCGGUCGGCUCCAUGGCUCCGAGGGACGACCCGGACCGCUCCAGGCUCCAGGAGACGACCCGGCUGCUGGAGCUGGCCGAGGAGUCGGACAGCGAGGUGGAGGACUUUGAGCUGCUGGACCAGUCAGAGCUGGAGCAGCUGGAAGGGGAACUCGGGCUGGGAGAGGAGAAGGCAAAGCCCGAAGAGGCGGCGCAGGUCAAGACCGACAAUCCAGCCUCUUCUGGGUUCCUCUCCAAACUCCUCAGACGCCACUGAUUGAUAAAAAAGCCCGUCAGGGGAGAGAGAGAGUGACGGGUCGGGGGAGGACAUGUGGAGGGGAGACGGGUGUGUGCCGGUCGCAGAUGUGUGAUAAGACGGUUUCCAUUUCUCUUUUUUUUUCCCUUGUAGAGCUAACGUUAACAUUUCCGACUGAUCGGUUUCACAAACACGGAGGUGGAUGUCCCGUCAGCUCCGUCAGAAUCAGCCGAGACCAAUGCUGAGAUCAGACUGCACCAAAAGGAGCCUGACCCAAAACGACACGGCUGAGAAAUAUUCACGUAGAUCUGUAGAGAUUGUUAGAUAGAAACCACCACGACCUGUAUGUGCUGGAGAAAAAGGACGCUGGACUUGCUGGAGUUUUGUGAAAUUGGACGUGAAACCACUGAAAUCGAUAUUUCAGCCCGUAAUAGAAAGAAGUGUUAUAACACAUCUGUCAACUUUGUACACAGUCAUUAUAGCGUAUCUAUUCAAACAGUAUCGAAGCCAAAAUACGUGUGAAAAAAACUUGAAUAAACAGUUUAUAAAAUCA